AUGGCUUCCAUCUUCGAAGCGGCGGAUAUUCCGGAACUUACCAAACUGGCACGCGACCUAUAUCUUACAUGCAAUUCUAUCUCCGGAGAUGCCCCUGACGGCUUCAAUCAGCUUGUGGCGAGCCUGGAAUCCCUGCAUAGCGUGUUUCAGACCCUGAAAGAUGAUGUCAGCUCCAGCAAGAUCGAGCUUUCAGAGUCAGAUGAGGAAUGCAAGCAUACCCUCCAUCGGUGCCUGAAUGCGUGCUCAGGGACCUUGCAGCAGCUGAAGGAGGUGGUCGACAUGUACCGAAAUCUAGGGUUUGAGAAUGGGAGACAGCUAUGGCAGUCCAUAGAUUGGAUGACACAGCAGGCAUUUAUUGACGAUCUUAAGUCUAAGAUCGUGGCUCAUACAUGCCAUUUGGGUGUAUGUGUCGGCUCUCUCACCAAGCCUUCUAUAGAAAGAAGUGAAAGUUCAGCGACGAAGGAUUCGGCAAAGGAUAUACCUCCCCCAACUCCGGCAUCUUGGCAGGCACAUGACGACGUCUCGCCGAUUUCGAUAUCAGUAUCUACGCCUCGCCAGCAGAAUGUCUUCAUCCUGGCGGAGCUAGAAGGGACGCAACCAAGCAGGUCAAAUCCCGCCGCUCCACAAUCUGCAUGUCCGCCAGAAGACCCCUCUCAUGUCUCGGCUUCCUCCGAAUCCGUUGUGUCGGGGCACUCAGACACGUCUAGUUUCACGGCUACUACGUACACCUCACCUACUAGUCCAGCUACUUCGACGUACAGCCCUUCGCAAUCAAUUGUACCAGAGGUCUUUUCGACGGAGAAAGAAGUGGUUUGGUCUCGCGAGUCAACGCCGUGGGGUAGCCCUGGCCAUUCAGGAGCUGAUGCAAUACAAGAACUCCACCGACGGCAACUACGAGAGCAGCUGUUUCGAUCGCUGCGGUGUGAACCACGUGAUAAGAUGCAUCAGCCUGAUGCAGAACUCCUCGCAAGUUUUGAUCAUAUAGCCCACAAGGAAGAGCGGGCCCAGCAACUCACUGCGAGAUGCUGGCUGUUAGUUGCUGUGUGGUGGCUUCUGAAGCUGCUUUUGGAGGAUGAAAUCAGAAAAAUGAUCUCAGAUCUAUCAGACGGUCUCAAAGAGGACUUCGGACAAUUUAGCGCCGUGGAUGUUCCCAAUUACGCUGCGAUCCAUUCGCAAAACCUCGACUUCUGGGAACCUAUACAGCCCGAAGAGAUGAUUGGGAAGGAUGGCCAACCGGCUAAACCAGGAAACUUCUGCUAUAUUACAGUAGAACUGGAGGAUGCUGGUAAAGAGGAUGAGCAGGUUCUUUUCCGCACUUUCGUGAAUGCAGGGAUCGGGGCUAAGAAGCUCCGUAUGCGAUCCAGAGGCGCUCCGUACAUGCUACUUUUGUCUACAAAGUAUGGUGAAAGCGAGCCCAAAAUAAGCCUCUGCAACCAAUACGGAACAUUUUGUCUACAGCGAGACUUGGCACCAGGGGAUCUAGCUCAGCUGAUCCAGGUAUCAAAUGCAUCACUCACCAAUCUAUCCGUGCCAAAGCCAACAGAACCCCUGACCCUGAAGUUUGACGCAAUGACUUUGUCUAUUUCAUUUCAAUACAUGUCAGAUAUCAUGCAAGUGAUCAGCAUGCCCAAAGCGUACUUCGAUGCCGUCCAGAUACGGGAGCCACUUGAUUCCGACCAGUUCACAGAAAAAGUUAUUUUCAAAAUUCCGGCCGAAUCAGUUGAGCAGUUGAGGAUGCCUAGCAUGGUGUCAACUAGUCCUCCCACAGUACACAGAUCCUGCGAAGUGCGCAUCUUGGAAAGGUCUUUUGGCGAGGCGUGGCGCUCUAUCCGACGCAUGGUCAUCAGUUCUUCAAUAGCUGACAAGCCAGGACAGGCUACCGAGUUCUUCAUGCCUCUGAGCCAUGUACAAGUCAGCCGUACGGCGGCUUCUGGAUUCAUCUUGCUGAAAUGGUCAGACACUGGUCAGGAGAGGUCCAGCAAAACAGACGGGAACUACCAUCCACUUUUCACUUACGUCUAUGACGGCAGCAAUCCAAACAUAGGCCUUGGUAUCAAAUUUCGCUCACAGGAGGCUGCGGAUAAACUGGAAAGGGCUGUUCUGGGUCUAAGCCAGAAGCCCGCCUUCACCUGGUCUCAGGCCAAAAGCUCGGGGCAGGUCUACGAAGUUGCUGACAUUGCGCCCGAUGAGAAACGUUAUAAGGCGGUGAUGAUAUGUCGCACUCGUGCGGAAUGGAAGCAGUGCAGUCUACAUUAUCUCUUCAGGGAUAUGGACUACCUGUACGACCAUUCUAAUCUCCGUGUGAGAUUUCCCCGUGCAUUAUUCGCCACUUACAUAUCAUCACACGUUGACCAGCUAUAUCGGGCUGAUGGCCGAGUAUAUUUUUCUCACUGCGAAAAAGAGUUCAGGGACAUGACAGUGGAGUUUAGCGAAGAGCCUGUGCUGAUGGCAUUCAUGUCCUCGCUUGCAUCAACAUACAAGCUGGUCUUCUCCAGGGGAGCCACAUCCCUCACGACUAAAGAAAAGCUACUGGUCCUCGGUCCUAGAAAAUCAGUGAAAGGAGACUCACAAGUCCAGCUAUGGCGCGAUGGAAAUACCAUUCGUCUUGCUUCACGUUGGAGCGACCGUAUAACGGACAGGUGGCUCACAAUGACCAUACCACCAUGUGAGCCAUCCAGAGCCGGAAACCUGGUCAGCUUCCCCCCAAGCAGCUAUUCACGGGGGAUGGUCCUCAACAUGACAAAGAUCGCAUCAGGGGCAGCCAAGAAUCAAAAUAGAGAGCAUAAAACGGGGCCAAUAACGAUCACAUUUCCCCAUCUAAAAGGUACGCCUGCCUUUGCUUAG